UCACGCCACAGUACAAAGUGCAGCGUGACUCCUAUAACAAGGCCACACACACUUUCAUAUGCGGUAACUGAUUGGAUGACCCUUUUUGAAUGACAUUUUAAAUUACGAUAGAUAGAUAGAUAGAUGGAUAGAAAGAAAGAAAAAGAUGGAUACUGUAUAUAUACAUAGUUAUAAGACAUGCACACUUACACUCAUAACACUUUUGAAAGAUUUAUGUUCAUGGCAUGAGGUGGAAUAUCAUGUUCAGUUCUUUUAGUCUGAUAUAUUUAAACUCACUCACGCACACAGACACACUGGCAUCUGUCGCAGUGUAUUUGGCGGUGUCUUUGACUGGGCAAGGGUGUAGGACUAAAAAAAGCUGUCAGGCAGGGAGAGAAUAUGACAUAUAGGAAGGAAUGCAGACGCACUCUCACAUGCUUGUGCAUACUUUCAAUACUUACAUUCUUACAUGCUCGUCUCUUACACACACAUAAGACUCAUUUGUGUUUUUCUUACCAUAAAGCCUGACACACACUGAAAGAGACUAACCACACAUGUUCUCUGACUCAGCAAGUAUAAGCCAAAGUGUGUAUGAGCGUUGGUGCAGAGACGUGACAUCACUGCUGUUGAUGUCAUCGUGACUGCAGAGGUUGAGUGGCUGCGGGGUCCUAGUGCCCGAGACUCACACAUACAUACAUACUUACAGACAGGUUAAAGCUUGUGUUUUGAGAUAAGAAUUGUUUGUUUUAAUGCUGAUUAUGCCAUUCAAUGUUGAAAAGGUUUUGCUGUACUCUUUCUUUCUCUGUCUUUACCCCCUACCCCACUCAACUACCCAUAAUCCCCUUGUGAUGCUUAGUUCCAUCUAUGGUUAUCAUGAGAUACCACCAUGAAUCAUGUCUUAGGCUACUUGUGUAUAUGUAUAUUUUUGCUUUGAAUGUUAUGUAUUGAUCUGUAUUCUGAAUGUACCAAAGUAGUUUUCCAAAUGGUUGCUGUCUGUAAAUUUCAGUCAUACAGUUUCUGUAAAGCUCAGACUGUGAAGUUGUCAAAUGCUUUCUUGUAUUUGAUAUCUGAUGUGGGAAUCUUGCAGAUGGUUUGCCCAAUGAGUGGUAAUAAAAGAGCUCAUUGAAUUGUACCUUCUUGCCUCCUGUGUUUUUUGUGUGUCUUUUUCUGCUUAGCACUAGAAGGCAUGCAAAACACUCUCCGACAUUCUCACAUUUACAUGACAGUGUUGAAUAUUCCCUAUCUACACACAUUUAUUCCCUUCUCAACCCCCUGCUUCUCUUUAUGUUUUAUGUGUUAAAGUACAGUUUAAGCCGGAGUGGGUAAGAGCUACAUUUUAUAAUCAUCAUAUGAUUCAUCAUAUCUGAAUCAUAUGUUGUUUGUGUCAAUACAACGUCCAGUGUACUCAUUGUCUCUCUUUCUCUUUCUUUCCCUCGUGUUCUCUCCAGGUGUGGUGUCGGUGAGUUUUGAGGAAGACGAGGAGGGGAAUCUGUGUUUGAUAGCAUACCCGCUCCACAGCGAUCCAGCUGAUUUAGAAAACAAAGAGCCCUCUGCUGAUGGCGAACCCAAGAAUAAGCUUGUUAAGUGGGGGAAAAAGAAACCAUCAGGCCUACUACCAGAAAAUGAGAGAGCCAGACAGAGCCGCAAAGAGGAGAAGGGCAAAAGUAAUCGGGAUGAUAAGGCAGAGGUUUUGUACUACAGUCUGGAGAAAGGAAAUGUGGUUCCUCAGAUCAAACACAACCCUUGGAGUCUGCAGUGUCACCAGCAACACCUACAGAGGAUGAAGGAGAACUCCAAACACAGAAACCAGCACAAAUUUAUUCUGCUGGAGAAUCUAACAUGGCGGUACCGGGUUCCAUGCGUUCUCGAUCUGAAAAUGGGAACACGUCAGCAUGGGGACGAUGCCUCUGAGGAGAAGAAAGCAAAUCAGAUUCGCAAAUGCCAACAAAGCACUUCCUCUUCUAUUGGAGUACGCCUCUGUGGCAUGCAGAUGUAUCACAGCGCUACAGGGCAGCUGAUAUUCAUGAACAAGUAUCACGGGCGUAAGCUGAGUCUGGCCGGGUUCAAAGAGGCUCUGUGCCAGUUCUUCAGUGACGGCCGAGUUCUGCGCAGAGAACUUCUGACCCCAGUGCUGCAAAGACUGAGAGAGAUGAGAGCGGUGCUGGAGGCUUGCGAAAGCUAUCGUUUCUUCUCCUCCUCUCUUCUCAUCAUCUACGACGGGGCUCCACCCCCUGCCCCAUCUAGAUCCCGGCCUUCUCGUGGAGGAGAGGAGGAAGAUGAGGAGGACGAUGAUGAAGAUGAGGACGAUGAUGAUGAGGAGGGAGCCUACGGAGGGCGUCGCGAUCACUCCAGCAGCACUUCACCGAUGGUGGAUGUCCGAAUGAUCGAUUUCGCCCACACAACGUGUCGUGAUUAUGGAGAGGACGGCAUCGUUCACGAAGGCGGAGACAGCGGCUACAUCUUCGGCCUGCAGAAUCUCAUCAGCAUUCUGUCACAGCUUGAAGAGCACAGCAACGACUAAACACUCGUGCGACAUCUUACUGGGCAUUUGCUAUGCCAAGGCUUACCGUGGGCAUCCUGACCAUGCCAUCAGGGUUCAAAGUUCACGCUUAGCUCACCCUGCUAUGCUCUUUCAUAGCCCUAGCAGAGAGCGGUUACGUAGGCGAGGGUCAAAGGAAAAUCCUGAAUUCCCAGAAACCCUCCGGAGCUGAAGGGCCUGAACUCUUUUGUAAUUUCUCACUGAGGUGAAGAAGUGUGGUCCUUCUCCAUGCCUGUUGUUUCUGCUCACCCUGAAUCGUAGAUGGGCGGCAGUAGAUGAGUUUCUGUGACAUCUCAUCUGUUCGUGUAUCUCUAUUCGUUCUCUUCAUCUAUGACAGAUAAGGGAAAUAAGCUGAUGCUUGCAUUAAAAGAGACGUUUAUAAAAAGACAUUUGCAAAAUAUGAUGUUCUGCACACCUUUUAAAAAGAGGUGGGUUUGUAGCAACGGUAGCACAAUCAUAAAUUGAUAUGACAAGAAACUAAGCAACAUACAAGAAAGGUGCUUUAGAAACACUAAGCAGGACUCAAGGGAAGAGACUUUGCUCUUGUAGGGAAUGAUGAGUGUGUGGAAAAGGGAAUUUACAAAAUCCUUUUCACAUUCCUGAUCAUUAAAGACUUUUUCUCUUGGACAUUUUCAUAUAUUUCUUCGACUUGGAUCCUCUUCAUUCCAUAGCCACUUGUUGAAGAUUAGCAUCCUCACUCCAGAGACUUUAAAGAGAACCCUAUUUAUUUAUAAGAAUAUUUCUAUCAAAUGUGAAUGGAAAUGUGACAUUCCAUCCCUAGUUCUACCGUAUGAUGUAAGUGAUAUAGGUAGAGAAAUGAUUUUUUUAUGUCAUGGUUUUCUCUGUUUUUGACAAUAUGAAAGAAAAUAAAAAGAAAUAUGUUUUGUUGUGGUA